AUGAAGCGCGCGAGAGAUGCCUCGGACGCCCAGCGCGUGACCAUCGACGUCGGCGGCACCAAGGUCUCCACGACAGUGUCCACCAUUCUGCGCUCGUCGUACCUGGCGGGCAUGGUGGACCUGUCCGCGUGGGACUCGGACGCGGAGCACUCUGCGCAGAUUUUCCUCGACCGCGACCCCGAGACGUUCGCCCUCCUGCUCCGCCUGAUGCGGCAGUACCCGCACGUCGCCGGACUUGUGCCACACGAGCCUGGCCUGCUGGCCUCGCUGCUCGCAGAGGCCGACUUCUUUGGAUACGAGCCGCUGCUGUCGCACGUCAAGGCGCGAGCGUACUUCAACGCUCGAGAAGCGCGCCAGGACUACAAAGCCCGUAGCGAAUUCACCACAGUGGGGCGGCUCGAUGGCGAGUCCUUUGCGGACCGAGCGGUCAGAGUGAGCGCAGGUGAGCAGCGGCUUAAAGAACACAUCGCAGAGAUCGAUGCGAAGUUCAACAGCAAGGACGAGAGCUACGGCUCGGACCGAUUCGAUGCCGUCUACGGCACCGUCGGCGACGCAUUGGCCUCGGGCGUGCUGCCCAAGUACUACCUCGAGCCCAAGCCGCCCGUCCCGCCCCCGACCAAGAAGAUCGUGCAGCUGAUGCCAGUGGACACGCCGUGCUGGUACCUCGUCGGCGACGCAUACGAGCCCCGGUUCGGCGAGUGCGGCGACUUUGUGCCGAUGCACCCGAUGUCGCAGUGCAUCACGCAGCCAGGCCUCGUGCGCCGCGUCGCCUGUCACGCGCUCGUGGAGGACCAGCACGGCACGCGGUGGAUGGAGCCGAUGCUGCACCUCACCACCAAGGACCUCGAAGAGUGGAUGGGGACCCAGCCUGGCGACGGCCAAGGGCUGAUCUUCGGUGCGACGCUCGACGACUGCAGCCUGAAGAAGCACACAGGCGGCGUAGCACGCCGCACGCUGCUCGCGAGCGAUUGGUUUGAGAAGAUGCUGGUACCCGUGCUCUGCGAAGAAUGCGGCAUCAUGGAGACCAACCUGUGGGCGCACGUCCUUGUCGCGGCGGAGCCGCCAGCGGAGUACGGCUUCUCGGGAGGUCGUGAGCUGGGCCAGGAGGCAGCGCUGUAG